AUGCAGGUUGUGAACCGGCUAGUACCUUGUAUACUUUUUCUCCUUUGCGGAAGAGCUGCGGCUCUAUCAGAUGAAGAAUGUGCUGCAUAUCACGAACUGCGAUCGCUAAGUGACUAUGAGACCUUUGCCGAAGAUUGUGCUGGAAAACGGGUACUCGGCUUCGACGCAGGAAUAUCAAACAAAUUCUAUGCAGGAAAUAUGGAACAGAAGGAUUUCAAUAGAGUGUUUGCAAAUGCAGAAGAAGUGUCCUUCGUUAUCUAUAUCGAGAACACCGAAUUCACAAAUUUGAGGAUGCCAAAGCUGCGCAAACUGAAAGGACUGUCCAUUCGUAAUAAUUUGAAGCUGAAACAAUUUUUAAUCAACAGGGGGAUGACCUUUGACAGAUCCAAUGAUCCCCCAACAACAGUGACAGUUGAUGGUAAUCCCGUGCUUAGCCAAGAGAGCUACGAAGCUUUGCGACAUCUUUGUAAUCAUUGUGACAUAUUCGAGUGGUCAAAAUGCAGCGCUUUGGAUCAGAUAACCGAAGCGGAUUACCAGGAUUUGGUCAACAAAUGUGCGGGAGAACACAUCAUCAAACAAAAGCCAGGAGCACGAUUCUAUCUGAAUGCGAACAAGCUCAGCGAAGAACAGUUUGCUGCUUUGUUCUCACAGGCAACACAUGUCCAGAUGUGCAUCAACUUCCACGAUAUGCCAUGGAAGAGUAUAACCUUCCCUAAAUUGGUUCGACUGAUUCCCUGCGGUUUCGGAGAUCCAUCUUUGGACAUCGUACACAACUACUAUCUGACUUCAAUUUCACUGCCAUCGUACAAUUCUGAAGGCUAUGGCCGUCUCAAUCAAAUGCAGAAUUUGGUACUCAAAAACAACUUCAUACUUCCCCCAGAGAUUCUUCAAUCCUUCAAAUCUAACUGCCGCUUCUGUAAGCUCCUGCAGUACAAAGAAUGCGACGAUCUCAAAUCUUCGAGUACUCGGAACGCCACCAAUUUUGUGGACAAGUGUGGAGGAAAACGAAUAAUGUGGCCUUUGGAGGGGCAUAUUCUUCGCUUGGACAUAUCAAGACUUAGCCAGCAACUGGUGGACGAGCUGUUUGCUGAUGUUGAAAAAUUCAAAAUGUGCAUCACUUUGCGAAAUUCGCAGAUCAGACGUUUGCGAAUGCCGAAAUUAAAGGAGAUGCACUCAUGCGAACCUGGACGCCCAGCUCUCGAAAUCGAAGGAAUGCUAGAAGAAUUCGUAGUCCCACCGGAUGCCAGGUUGAAUAUUUGGUACUAUGGAACCCCGCCGUCUAGCUUCUCAUCAAUACUGGAAAGAUGCGAGGAAUGCGUUUGGGAACGAAAUACCAGAUGUGGAUUUGGGUCGGGAUACACAUCGCCACAAGAGCUUCUGUCAUCCUGUAUGGGAAUGCGGAGGAUACAAUAUCCACAACAAAUUGUUUUAACCGAAACUCAACUCCAGCAAUUAUGCCGGAAUGCUGCUUACCUGAAGAUGUGCAUCAUAAUACAGAACACCUCCUUCAGAAAGAUCAGCUGCCCCUAUUUGCGAUAUAUCGAACCGUGUAGCGAAGGAAAGUCCGUGUUUACGGUCAUACAAAAUCCAUACCUUAUUGAAUUUGACAUUUCGGAGACUGUCACCUAUCCAGCAAAUUCCCCCAUCUUUAUUGUGAAGAAAAACAUGAGGCUUCCAAAGGUGGUCAUUGACAAACUGAAGCGGAUAUGUCCACAUUGCGAUAUUGAAGCAUACGUUUCAAAAUGCGGCGCAAUGGAACCUAUCACAAACGUCGUCGACUUCAUCAAACGUUGCGUUGGACAACCUUUCAUAUUCCCUGCUCAGGGUAUUGGCUUGGAAGUCGAUCUGACAGAGCUACCUGAAGAACAGCUCAACGCUCUCUUCUCCGAAGUGAUCGAAAUGCAAAUAUGCAUAAGGAUCAAAGAAUCACAAAUCAGGAGGCUUUCAUUCCCAAAACUGACAAAAUGGACACCUUGCGCACCUGGAAAACCUUCACUAGAUCUUUCAUACAACUUUGAACUGCGAGAAAUCGACUUCCCUUCGUGCAGAGAGGGAUGUGUUGUUGGAGCCAGAUUCCAGUACAACCCGAGAGUACCUAAGAGAAAUCUUAAUGCCAUAAUAUCCAUUUGCGACCAAUGCACGAUUGUAGAAUACGUUCCCUUCUGCGGUCUUGCUCCCGGGUACUCAAUGCUCGACUUUGUCCGAGCCUGUGCUGGUCAACAGAUCAUCAUUCCUGAAGGGGAACCUUUGGUGAUUGACGCGACAAAAAUGCCAGAAGAAUUAUUGAAUCUCUUCCUCUCGAGAGUUGUCUACAUGGAAGUUUGCAUAGUGAUGACCGCCACACAGUACAGAAGCCUAAGUGCUCCCUACCUCAGAGAAGUGAAACCUUGCCAAUCCGGAAUGCCAGUCUUUACAAUUACCAAAAAUCCCUACCUUGCCAAGAUCGUACUUCCGGAAAGAAUUCGCUAUCCACCACAAGAGAAGCUCUUCCUUAUAAGGGAAAACCUCCGACUUACAAUGGAGAUCAUAGAGAGGCUGAAGAGGAUGUGUCCGCACUGCGAGAUCGAAGGAUUCUAUUCAAAAUGCAGUGGCAUUGGAACCAUCACGAGUGUCGCUCAAUUUAUUCGACAAUGCAUAGGGCAACCCAUAAUUUCUCCUGCACCAACUGUUAUACUAGAGAUCGACAUAUCAAACCUGCCCGAAGAACAGAUUAACGCUCUUUUUGCUGAAGUUGUCGAGAUGCAAAUAUGUAUCACAAUAAGCCAGUCGUGGAUCAGGAGGCUCUCCUUCCCAAAAUUGGAAAGAUGGCUAUCGUGUGCGAAUGGAAGACCUGCCCUGACUCUCAAGGAAAACUUUGAACUGGAAUUUGUUACCUUCCCCAAAUGCGAGGUUGGAUGUGUCGCCACAGGAGAAAUUCGCAUGAAUCCGAGACUGAAACGACCAAAUGUUGACAAACUUCUGAAGUACUUCAUGCAGGUCAUCUACGAGGAAUACGUUCCAUCAUGUGGUCUGGGCAUAGGGGGUUUCACCGAUGUCGACUUUGUUGCCGCUUGUGCAGGAAAAUCCUACAUCAAACCGGAGGGUGUAAUUAUUACGAUCGAUGCUCGAAAAAUACCAGAAACGGCUAUGGAAGCAUUCUGCUCAAAAGCUGUCUACAUGGAAGUUUGUAUCAUUAUGUCUGAGACCGAUUACAGAAGUUUCCGAUGUCCGCACUUACGAUAUAUUCGACCAUCCAGUCCAGGAACACCCGUAUUCACCAUCAUACACAACCCGUUCCUGAGAGUUAUCGAAAUUCCGCCGAAUGUCCAAUAUCCUUCCGAUGAGAGGAUCAUGCGUGUGACUAUGAAUCGCCUGAUUCCCGUGCCGAUUAUAGCGCAAUUGAAGAAGAUUUGUCCUCAUUGCGAGAUCACGGGAUACUUCUCCAAGUGCAGCGCCUUGGGACCAAUCACAGAUGUCGGCGCGUUCCUAAUGCAGUGCGCAGGACAACCGCUCAUCGCACCACAACAAGGAGUUGUACUUGAAGUUGAUUUGUCACUACUGACUGAUGAGCAGAUCAAUCGAUUGUUCUCGGAAGUAGUUGAAAUGCAGAUUUGCAUCACAAUUGAAAGAUCUCAGAUCAGAACCUUGGAUUUCCCAAAGCUGAUUUCAUGGGAAACAUGUGCACCUGGAAGACGACCACUAACUAUUCGAUUCACCCAACUCAAGCACCUCAGAUUCCCGAAAUGCAAGAGAGGCUGCAUGCGCAAUGCUCUCAUCGACUUCAAUUGGCUACUACCAAGACCAGAAAUCGAAGCGAUUCUGAUUUGGUGUGAGAACUGUCAAGUGAGACAUCACGAAAUCUCCUGUGGUUUGACCGGACGCUUCAGCAUGAUCGACUUCGUCAGGGCAUGUGCUGGAAGAGAACUGAUCAUUUCUGAUAGGCCAAUAAUAAUUCACUCGGACAAUGUGACUGAAACGGAGAUGAACGCAUUCUGCUCUAGAGUUGUUUACAUGCAAGCUUGCAUCAUUAUUUCCGCAUCAAAUUACAAACAGUUUCGCUGUCCGAAACUUGAGGAAGUUAAACCAUGCCGAUCAGGAGUACCGGUGUUCACGAUCAUAAACAACAUGGACCUUCAAAUUGUCGAAAUCCCCGUGAAUGUGAUCUUCCCAUCAACCGAACUCCUAGUAGAAAUCUAUGGAAAUCCUGACCUACCACCGAAAUUCCUAGAUGUGAUGAAAAAGAGAUGCCCAAGAUGUAGAAUCGAAGCGGCUUCAGCGUGCGGUCUCACUGCAACCGAAUACACAGAUAAAGAGCUAGCGCAAGCUUGCGCAGGCAAGACGAUCAUUCGUCCGGCUAAAGGAUUCUAUCUGACUAUUAGCUCACGAUAUGUUACUGAAGUAGAGAUGAAUAUGUUGUGUUCGAGGGCCGUGCACAUGGAGAUUUGCAUCAUCAUCACUGAAUCGCACUUUAGAUCCUUGCGCUGUCCAUAUCUGAAAGUGCUCAAACCAUGUCUUCCAGACAGACCAGCAAUCAUGAUCGUGGACAAUCCGUUCUUUGAAGCGUUAGAAAUUCCAACGACGACCACUUAUCCGCCAGGAUUCCCCAUCAUAAAGAUAGGAGGCAAUCCUACGCUACAUCCAAAAAUUCUCACUACGUACAGGCAAUGGUGCAGACACUGCGAUAUCCAGCCAGAUUACGCUUGUGGCAUUACCAGACCUCAAUUCACGGUAAAAGAGCUCGUCACUGCUUGUGCAGGAAGAAAAUACAUAAAACCAGCGCCUAAUGUCAUUCUGAUUGUGACAUCGAAGGAUAUAGACGAAGAACAAUUGAAUCGCAUGUGUUCAAGAGCUGUUUACAUGGAAAUCUGCAUCGACAUCAUCGAUUCUGACUUCAAAAUGCUUAAGUGUCCAAAUCUGAAGGAACUGAGGUCAUGCCAGCCAGGUCGACCAGCCAUCAGGAUUAUAAACAAUCGCUACUUCCAAACUCUAUACAUUCCUCCUGGAGUGGCUUAUCCUGAGGGUAGUCUAAUUGUCGAGAUCUAUAACAACCCAUCACUGGAUCCCAGCAUCAUUCCGCCACUCAAACAAUGGUGCAAACAAUGCCGCAUUGACCUGGAAUACGCAUGUGGUAUCAGAAAGAAGAGUUUCACGAUAGCGGAACUCAUCGCUGCUUGCACGGGUCACGAAUACAUUAGGCCACCACCAGGAAUGCUUCUAAUCAUAACAGCCAACGAUAUUCCGGAAGAACAGCUGAACAAGUUGCUCGAAAAAGCAGUCUACGUGGAGAUGUGUAUCGAAAUCAAGCGCUCCACAUUCAGAAGAUUGCGAAUGCCAAAUCUGAAGGAAAUCAGACCAUGUCAACCAGGUCGUCCGGCUAUUUUGCUUGAAUUCAACGCUUAUAUGGAGGAAGUCUUGAUCCCGCCAACAGCAACAUAUCCAAGAGGGGAAGAGAUUAUACGUAUUCAACGACUUCCUUCGCUACCGUAUACUGCCAUUGUUGAGCUACAACGAUGGUGUCCACACUGCAGCAUCAUUCCUGAUUUUGUGUGCGGAAUUUCCAAAAAGCCAUUCACACUACAGCAAGUUCUUUCCGCAUGCACAGGCCAGGAGUUCAUCAUGUCAUCUCGUGGAGUCACCGUCGUUAUCAAAUCCUCACAGAUUACCGAAGAGCAAAUGAAUGAAUUAGUUGCUCGUGCCAAAGUGAUGAAGAUCUGUAUUGAAAUCACUAGAUCUAGAUACAGGAAGCUAGUCAUUCCAAAGCUAAGAGAACUGUUGCCGUGCACUUAUGGUCGACCAGCCAUCAAGAUAGUUGACAAUCCAUACUUCGUUGCUUUGGACAUGCCUCCGAGAGUGAGAUAUCCGAAAGAUGUAGCAAUCGUUGAGAUACAGAGAAAUCCACACUUCGAUAUCAAAAUUCUUGAAAUUCUUGCCAGAUGGUGCCCACAUUGCACCAUAAGCGGAGAUUACGCUUGUGGUCUGAACAAACCCGACCCAAGCGCAAAGGAGUUGAUGGCUGCAUGCGCUGGAAAGAGAAUGCUUGUUCCUAUGCCAGGAUAUAUGAUAAUUAUACACUCAGAUGACUUCACUGAACCAGAAUUCAACGCCUUCUGCUCGAAAAUGGUACAAAUACAGGCCUGUAUAACUAUAGAAAAGUCCACUUUCCGCAAGAUCAGAUGUCCAAUGCUGAAAGAACUCAUACCAUGCAAACCGGGUAUGCCAGCAUUGAAGAUUGUAGAAAACUUCAAUCUGAUAGAACUAGUCAUCCCACAAAGCUUGCUCAUCCCUGAGGGAGUAAUACUUUUCGAAGUUAGAGACAAUCCAAGGCUACCAAUUACAAUUCUCGAAAUGUUGUUGAAACUUUGUCCAGGCUGCAGGAUCUCCUUCGAUGCAGAUUGCGGUUUGACUAGACCAUUCACACUGAGACAACUCAUCAAGGCUUGUGCUGGAAAGGUGGUUAUCAGACCGUCCAUUGGACACAGAUUCGAGUUCCCCUCAGACAAGCUCGAUGAAGCCGAAAUGAACGCUCUGUGCUCUCAAGCUGGAUACAUUGAAGCUUGCAUUAUCAUCGUUGAGUCGAACUAUAGAUCAUUCCAAUGUCCACAUUUGCGAGAAUUACAUCCUUGCGCUCCGGGUCGUGUCGCUAUCACAGUUGAGGAUAAUUCACAGCUAACACAGCUGUUCAUUCCAAUAAGCAUUGCAUAUCCUCGAGGUGCAAUCAUCCUACAACUUUCUGGAAACCCACUUCUGCCCUAUGAGAUCGUCGAUAAUUAUCGAACUCGCUGCAGAAAAGCUUGCCGAUUCCCGAAACGUAACGCCUGCAUUCUGCAAGCACGUGACUACCGUGACAAGGAGUUGAUCUCGCAAUGCGCUGGAAAAUCGGUAAUCAAACCACAAAGAGGAUUCAAACUCAUAAUAGAUUCACGACAAAUCACACCGCGCGAACUGAAUGCACUUUGUGCGAAAGCAACUGUCAUGGAGAUAUGCAUUAUCAUAAAGGGAUCGAUGUUCAAAGAGUUGAUAUGCCCGGUUUUGAAGGAAAUCAGAUCUUGCAAGGAAGGAACACCUGCAAUUCAAAUCAUCAACAACAUCGAUUUCGCCAAGUUCACAAUUCCUAAGUAUAUUACCUGGCCUCGAGGAACGAUUCCAUACCUAGUGUAUGGAAAUCCAAAACUUACUCCAAGUAAUAUACUUAUUCUCCAACAAAUCUGUCCACAAUGCAAGGUUUCCGCUGACUAUGAUUGUGGCCUUACACGACCGUUUACGGUCAAACAAUUCGUUGCUGCAUGUGUCGGUAAAAAAAUAAUUCGACCAACACCCGGACAUCUCAUUGAAUUCACUGUGAAGGGUUUGACCGAAGCGCAGAUGAAUGCAUUCUGUCAUAGUGCUGUCUACAUGGAAGUAUGCAUUACCAUGACAAAUACCAAUUUCGAAAGCUUCAGAUGUCCACACUUGAAGGAGCUGAGACCUUGUGCAAUAGGAAGAGCAGCCUUGACAAUCUAUAACAACAAAUACCUGAAAAUCCUUGAAUUCCCCAAAAAUCUGAUAAUUAUUGACCAAACGAUGCUUAGGAUCUAUGAUAAUCCAGUUCUUUCUGAGACUUGGAUUACAAGACUCAAACUUAUCUGCAAAAACUGCAGGUUCCCAAGCAGCGGCGUGUGCAACCUUGAACCACGCGCUUACAGCGAUAAGGAGUUGGUAGCCAAAUGUGCUGGAAAGUCAAUAAUCAGACCUCGAAGAGGCUUCGCACUCACGCUGCAUUCCAAACAUGUAACAGAGGAGGAAAUGAACGCGUUCUGCGCUAAAGCCACAGUCUUGGAAAUAUGCAUAACGAUUGAGGACUCGAGUUACACAGCAUUGCGAUGCCCUCGUCUGAAACAGUUGAUACCUUGCCAACCAGGAAUGCCUGCAAUCAGAAUCAUCAACAACCUUCACUUCUCUAUACUGGAAAUUCCGCGAAAUUUGAUUGUUCCAAAAGAGCAGGUUAUCUUCGAAAUCUCCGAAAAUCCGCAUAUUUCACUGAAGAUUAUCACCGUACUCAAACGUAUCUGUCCGUGGUGCCAUAAAGUCACUGCUAACGUAGCAUGUGAUUUGGAAGGCAGACAUUAUUCCGAUAAAGAGUUAGUCGCAGCCUGCGCUGGAAAGAGAAUAAUCAAGCCAGCACCGGGAUGGAUAUUGAAAAUUACAUCAAGAGAAACCUCAGAAGCGGAAAUGAACGCACUUUGCUCGAAAGCUGUGUACAUGGAGAUUUGUAUCGAGAUCACGCGCUCAUCAUUUAAGAGAUUACGAUGUCCUUAUCUCAAAGAGCUUCGCCCUUGUCAACCUGGACGCCCCGCUAUAAAAAUUGUCAACAACAUGAAUUUCGAAAAUCUUGAACUCCCUACAAACGUGCUUUAUCCACGAAACGCUCGUAUACUUGAAAUCAGCGAAGUACCACACAUGCGUACAGCUCUCAUCAAGAAAUAUAUAAGAUUCUGCAGAAACUGCAGGAUUACAGCGAAUCUGGGUUGCGGACUCAAUAAGAGGGACUAUUCGGAUGCGGAAAUGGUUGCCGCUUGCGCAGGAAAAGCCAUCAUAAAACCCGCUGAAGGAUACAUGCUGGUUAUGAAUAGUGAUACCGUUUCGGAAGAACAAAUGAACGCUGUUUGUUCGAAAGCUGUCUUCAUGGAGAUUUGCAUCGAAAUCAAAGGAUCACAAUUCCGUUCUCUAAGAUGCCCGCACCUGCGACAUCUGAUUCCUUGUCAACCAGGUAAACCCGCCAUCAAAAUCAUCGGCAAUCCAUACCUAAGCGAAGUCUCAAUAUCGCGAACAUUAAUCUACCGCAGAGGAACUAAGACUUUGGAAAUUCGUGGCAAUCCAAUGUUAUCGCCAAGAUCCCUUCGUACACUCAAGAAGCUUUGCCCCGAAUGCAUCAUUCGAAGAAGAAUGUAAUUAAACUAAUGUGUAGAUCAAUAUUCUAUUUAAAUUGAGCUGUCGCAGGGAGUGAAUGAAGCACAUUUUCAAAUCACUUUCAUGUACCGCAAGAUAAAACAGCAAUUAUCAUCUGCAAAUGUAACAAAGUUGCCAUCUUUUUGGCAGUCAUGGACUUAUUUCC